AUGGCGCUGCGAGCGGUACGGAGCGUGCGGGCUGCGGCCUGCAGUCUGCGCGUCGCCUCGGCGCCCGCCGCACCAUGCCUGAUGCGGCCCUGGGGGCUGAGGGCCGGCGCCGUCCCGACACUGGGCACGGGCUCCACUCUGCUCUCCGUGCUGGGAAUCAGCAAUUUUGCACAGGAAGCUCUGGGAGAUGUUGUUUACUGUAGUCUGCCUGAAGUUGGGACAAAACUGAACAAACAAGAUGAGUUUGGUGCUUUGGAAAGUGUGAAAGCUGCUAGUGAACUCAAUUCUCCUCUAUCAGGAGAAGUAACUGAAAUUAAUGAAGCUCUUGCAGAAAAUCCAGGACUUGUCAACAAAUCUUGUUAUGAAGAUGGUUGGCUGAUCAAGAUAGCACUCAGUGAUCCUUCAGAACUGGAUGAAUUAAUGAGUAAAGAAGCAUAUGAGAAAUACAUAAAAUCUAUUGAGGGGUGA